AUGUUGUUACGUGGAACGAGCAUCAGUUUAUGGUGUAUGAGUCACCCAGGUGGCGCAGACGAUUCUAUCUCGCCAGAGUUGCAUGUGCUUCCUGAUGAGAAACGCGGGGGUGAUAUGAUCGAUUUAUUUGAGCAUUCUACAGGAUAUUUAAACUCCUUUACUUAUUCAAGGACACCACAAAGUAUUACUCAAAGCUUACAGAUUACUUCAGCGUUGAGACUCGCCAGGUUGGAUGUCCCGACGGCUGUCAUCAGGGGCGAACCCGCUUGGCUAAACUGCACCUAUGAUCUCGAAAAAGACGAAUUGUAUUCUGUGAAGUGGUAUAAAAACAACGUCGAGUUCUAUAGAUUUUUGCCAAGUGAUCGACCGCCCGGACAGAAAUACGACUUGCAAGGCGUCUAUGUAGAUUUGGCACAGUCAGCACUCGGUCACGUAUACCUGCAGCGUACCGAUCUUAAUACGGAGGGUGUUUACCGGUGCGAAGUAUCCGCGGAAGCCCCCUCUUUCCAGACAGUAAGAGAAGAGAAAGAAGUGCGCGUGUAUGUAUUACCGGAAGAUGGCCCAACUAUUUCUGGAGUAAAACCACAGUACCAAGUGGGAGAUGAUGUGAACGUCACGUGUUCUGCUGGUCCUUCGAAACCGGCCGCAUCUCUGCGAUGGUACAUCAACGGGCAUGAAGCUCCUUUGGAAUUCGAAAUUCGCUACAAUCCUAUUCGUCACCAGGAUAAAUUACUCGUCUCCACUCUUGGCUUGCGCUUCACGGCCGAGCCUCGGCAUUUCUAUCACGGAGCGAUGAAGCUGCGUUGUUCUGCUGUCAUUUCUCAAGCUUAUUCCAUGAGCAGCGAAGAGAUUAUUGUGGGGGAUAACGCGAAAGCCUCAGCUGUUGUUGGCGAUGGCCCUGUCAUAUCUGGAGGAAAACCUAAAUAUCAAAAGGGAGAUAUUGUGGAUGUUAAUUGUACUUCAGCCAAAUCAAAUCCUGCUGCAGAGCUCAGAUGGUAUAUUAAUGAUAAACCGGUGAGGCCGGAGUUCUUGAUUCGAUAUCCCGCUGUUCGAUAUCCGGACGGACAAGCGACGUCCAUCCUGGGCCUACGAUUCACCGUCAGAACAUUUCACUUCCAACGAGACGAGAUGCGACUGAAGUGCACUGCUACACUCUCCAAAGUGAUCAACAUGAGCAGUGAAGAGACACUUGUGGGUAGCAGCCAGCAGAGUUCUGGCCUCCACAUUUCAGAGAACACAGGUGCUGUGAUCAACAGGGGCAGCACUAUUGGCUGCUUGCUACAAACACUUUUCGUGAGCACAUUCCUUGCUGCGUUGUUAUAGCGACCUCCAUGGACAUUUGGCUUCUGUAAAUCUUACCAAAAACAGACCCCGAGGUUUUGCUGAAACGACUUCGAAAAAGUAAAUGGAAAAAUUAAAACAAGCACCUUCUCCCAGAGGGUCCUACGAACUAUGAAUCUGCUGAGAAUGCAUUGUGUAUAAAGAAUGGUACCAAAGCCGUGGUGGGCCACUAUGGGACCUGAAUGUUUGGUCCGAAUUGCGUUUAUAAAUAUACUAUACACACAAAAUAUAUAAAUAUAUAUAUAUCACUGAAGUUUCUACUUAAUAUGAACUGAUUGAUUUAUUACCUGCCAUUGCAGCCCAGUGCAUGAAAAGUGAUGACAUGAAAUGCUAAAAAAAAAACUGCAAGAGGCAUAAACGGGUAGCCUUGUCUGGACUGCCAGUUACUUGUCAGAGUUAAAUCGAAGAACCAGUUUGAAGACUGUGAAAGCGGAAAUGUUAGAUGAAAAGGAAAAUCGAGCAUGAUGUUGUUGCUUUCACUGAAACUAUUUUUUCAACAUACAAUUAUAACUGAAGAUUAUAAACAAUAAUUUUGAAUGUAGGUUUGGGAGAAAAAUAUAAGAAAGUUUUGUUGGCUUCAAGAUAAACAUUCUAAAGUUGACAAAUGCGGUUUAUAAGUGUAUAGUUCUAUUGCUUUCACGAUCUUAAUGUAAUAAUAUGAGCAUUUGUAUUCGGUAGGAAUUGUUUUUGUAUCUUUUUGUAUAUUUUGCCUAGGAUAUUUUAUUAUUCAUAUGGAUAACUUCUUGGCAAUUUAAAGGUUUCAUUCACUUGAAUAGCCGAAAAAUUUACAUGAAAGUAAAUUUUUCCCAUAAAGAAGAGAGAAUGAAUAAAUGAAUAAUCAUUAAUCACAUUUUCAAGUCAACUUUUAAUAUAAUUUGUUUAAUAGUAUCUACAAAAAAUUACUUUCUUUAGGAAUGAAAACGUAAAAAGAGUAAUGACUUUUAUUACAAUAUAUUUAAAGUAAUGCUUUUGUGUUCGCGAAGUUCUUUUAUAAAGCAAACAUUCAGUAACAUACAUAUGAGAAAUUACUAAAUAUAAGAACAUACUGAAAUUAGAAUAGAUGAGUUACUUCAAAAAAGUAUUGUUAAAUUGUCUAUAAAUUUAUACGUACAGAUAUUGUAUGAGAAGUUAAAUUGAAAUUAUUAUAUUUUAAACGACAAAAAAUAACUGGAAGAAUAAUUAACAUUUUAUAUAUAUAUAUAUUUUUUUUAAGUUGACACUUAUAUUCUGAUUUUUUCUAGCCAAAUGUAAUGUGCUUUUUUUUAAACAAGGACAUUAGUUUAUUCCAAACCUUAUGUAAUAUGCCAUAUAUCUCAUAUAUCUUGUUUGAAUUUCUUGGAAAUAGUUAAAUACUAUAUUAUGUAAUGUUUUGGGAUUUCAACCUAAUGCAUGAAAUGCUACUAAAAUGUGUUCUAAAUCUUAUUUUUUCUUAUGUAACACACUGCAUUGUUAUUUCAUCACAACUCCAUUUAUAUUCAUUACUUUAUUAAUUUAUACAACACCCUCAAAGUAAUUUACAAAAUUAAUUGCUAGAUUUUUUUUUUAUAUUUUGAUGUGAUUUUAAAUAAAUGCAUAUAUAAUUAGAAUCUAGGAGAAAAAUCAUAAAAACAUAAUAUUGAAGCAUACAAUUUAUGUUUAAAAAGUUCAAAAUAUAUGUAAGUAAUGGUAUUUGUGUUCAUAUUGCUAGGAUUAAAAUGUUUAAAUAUUUCAUCCGUCUCCAAUAUUCAGGUAACUACUAAAUAAACUAAUGUUUAUUUUAUCAAACAGAUAAAAUAUUAAGUACUCCCUCUGUCCCAUAAUAAUAGUACCUGUUGAUGAAUUAAUUUUUUUCCAUAAUAAGAAUGGCAAAAGAGAAUAAAUCUAGAAAGCAACAUUUAUUAUCAAAAAGCUAAAUUAAAUUAAACAAUAAAUAAAAAAUUUUACUAUAUGUGUGAGCUUAAAAUUGUUCGAGAAAUCGUUCUUUAUUGCUUCCAACAACAUUCAGGGGAAAUGUUAUUAUUAUUAUUAAGACUAUGUUUUACUGCUUUCAUGGUAAUUCUUCUGCUAAGAGGAACAUAUCUAAGUUUUUAUCAAUUAACCUUUGCAUUUACGCCCACAUUUUUGUUUUUUAAAAGAAUGAACAUUAAUGUAAGAUUCAACUUGACAAUUAUUUUCGAAAUCACGUUUCCAAAUUCUUGAUAUGGUCAUUCUGUUGCAUUUAAAUUCUUUUGAAGCUGCCUGUAGAUGCAACUUUCUGCAAUUUUUUUUUUUUUUUUUUUUUUUUUUUCAGCAAGAAUUGAAGUAUAAAAAUUUGAUCUCUCUCUUUUUUUUUCAUCUCACUUUUACACUUUCAAUUGAAGCAAAAUACUUUGCUUCGAGCAGUGGAUGAAAUAAGAAAAAUAGUUACAAUUUGUAACAAGUAAGUUAACCUAAAAAAUUGAAAGAUGUGGUCAAAACAAAUGACGCAUGUCAUGAAACAUUGAUUUGGAUUGAAGGCUUCUUAUGGAAUACAGGUAGUAUUUAAUUACAAAUAUACGCACGAAAAAUAUUUUAGAAAUUAUUUAGAAUUUACACAUCUUAGGAAGACGUCGAAAAACAAAUCAUGUUUGCUUCUCAGUUGGAUCAGUUGGAUAAGAUUGUUUCUAUUGUAUGCAUUAAAAUUAUAAACAAUAUUAGCAGUUAAUCGUUUUCGUACUAAAUAAUAAUAAUGAUAUUGGAAAUAAUUUAAUUCAUAAUUAAAUAUUCCAGAAUUUAACCUUCUGUAUGGUGUCACCAUAAUCAUUUCGUUAUAAGUUACAGAUGUGUUUUCAAUGACUGUUAAAUUUCAUGAAACCGUUUAUAUAUCUAAGUACCAUUUAGAAUUUAACAAAUAUUCUCUAUUCGUAUAAAGCAAAUAUAAAAUUCUCUAUUCCUAUAAAGCAAAUAUAAAAUUAAAAUUUUAAAUUUAAUUAAGAAAUUUUCAUUGAAAACCAUGAAAAAAUAUAUUAUUCCGAAAAAAUAAAUGUAUUAUUCCUAAAAAUUUCAUAAGUGAAUAAUUGUUGAGCAGGCAGGAGACAAACUUAUCCAAAGGGGAAGUUGCACCUAUACCUAAUUCUUCAAUUACUCAAUUCGUGUUUCGUCAUCCAUAUAGGCAAGGGUAAAAAUGCAAAACCAAAAGUAAAAUUAAAUGUUGUAAAUUACAAAAGAAGAAACUUAAACAGUGGAAUUUUGAGAAAAUAGCAAGUAAAUGACUGGAGUUAAAAUUAAUUAAAUAAAUUAAAAGUCAACCAAGAGUAGAAAACUAAAGUAAUUUAGAAACUCUUGCGUACAGGAAACUUCUUCUACACGACUUAUGCAUGUAAACCUAAAAUAAAGUAGGAUAUAAGUGAAAGCUAUUUAAAAAUAUGAUAAUUCCAAAAAUUUCUUUGACAAAAUGCCGCGGGCAUAAACUUGCAAGAUUGCGUAUAAUCUUAUUCUUGCUGGAUAUUUAAAUUUAAUUUCUACUUGCUACCGAAAUUAAUAUGAUAUUAGCUCUAAUAUAAGAUAUUUUGCUUUUAAACUGCUUUAAGAAACCCAGCUAACAACUAACUAGGAAAUAACUGUAAUUUGAUAUGUAAAAUGAAAGCUUGAAAACAAGACCAUGAAACUCAAAAAAACUAGCUUUAUAGUCCUUGGUGCUUGGUUUUUAUUUAUGCGCGAUGUUUUAUAUUUGUAUUCGAAAGAAAUUUAUUUUAAGAAAAGCAUUAAAAAUGUGAUAUAAAAUUGCUUCAGAAAUAGGGAAACUUAUUAUUGGAGAAAGUAUGUUAAAAUGUUAGAUAAAUUAUCAAAAAAUUAACUUAAGUCUGAAAAAGAACCAAACACAUAAGUAAAAAUUAUUCGAAAAUUGCAGUAACGUUUCUCGUUCAAUAUUAUAAAGCUCUUUAAAACAUAACUUGUGAAGUCACGUGAUAAUACUAAACCAUGUGAUAAUAAAAAAUAAUUUAAAGUCAUUUGAAAAUUAACACAAAACGAUUUUGUUCGAGCCAUUUGAAAAUUAAUAUCAUAUUAUUUUGUUUAAAUCACCUGAGUAUUAAUUAACACCAAACGAUUUCAUGUAAGUCAUCUGAAAAUUAAUGCUAAUGUUAAAUGCCAAAAUUAGAAUAAAAGAGCAAGUUUUUGUAACUUUUUUUAUUAAUUCCUUUUAAUAAUUUUAAUUUAAAAAUAAUGAUUAUUUUAAUACUACAAAAUAUAGAUAUGAUCUUGGAUUUCCUGAAAUUAGAUGUUAAUUUUUCAGUUUUUAACUGAGUAUGCAUAAAACUUUGUUUGACAUGAAACAUUUAAAUUUUACUGCAGACUGUUUUUAUAACAUAAUUUAAAUUAGUACAAAUCCACAAAAGAAAAAAAUAUAAAACCUCUGCUUAUCAAUUAUUGUACAUUGGCAAGUUGCAAAGAGUGUAUUAUGUUUUCUAUUCAGUAUUAAAAGAUAACUGAUUAGAUUUAAUUUUUAAAAAAGCAUUAUGUGGAAAAUAAUCAAUUAUUUAAGAAGUUUUAAUGGUAUAUUCUUCAAAAUGAUUUCUUUUUGUUGUUUCCGUUUAUUGACUGGCUGUCAAUGAAUAAUUUUAUGUGUAAUCAUAUAGAAUUAUUUACGUGUAUAAAUAUCUGCAUUUUGAAUGAAAAAUUGUUUUAACUAUUUUUAUGCUGUAUGAACUGAUAAGCAAUUAUGGAAUUGAAUAUUAUUUAUAUUUUAUAUUGAUUUUAUAUUUUGUUCAUGAUAUUUAUUUGUUCAAAUAGUCUAGCUUUUGUUUAGAACCAUAUUAUGAUUUCAUGACAGCGAUAUAUGAAAAUUAUCAGAGAAAUGAAAAUAUGAGUGGAACGCGCAUGUUGCUUCUAGCUGAAUUAUGUUGUUAGAAACUCUUGUUUUCAAAAAUUAUGUAACUUAAGAGUUUGUGAAUUUCUGAGUUUUCACAGAAUUUAUACUUCUGUGAAAAAAGAAGUAAUUAAAAUUAAUAAUUAUUUAAAAUAUCCUUAAGCACCACAAUACUUUUUAUUAGCCUUUUUUGCUAAUAGUCAAAAAGCAUCAAGCAAGAAUAAUGUUUGAAACGAAUUUUAUGUAAAUAAAUGUAUACUUCUUUUUUUUACUGCGAUGGCUAAAACCAAAGGUAUAUAAAGCUAUUGUCUUUAUCUAGUCAAACCAGAAUUGGAAAAACAGUUCGAAAUAUUUAUUAAAAUAGAGAGAGGUGGUUCUCGAAAUUUAAUUUUAGGAAUCCAUCCUAAGAUUUUAUUAACAGUUGUAUAAAUUUAUUUAAUUGCCCUUAACUCAGUUUUCGAUAAAAGGCGAUGAAGUAAACCGGGACUCCUUUUCGAGCGUGGUUAAGCUAUGAAUGGUUGGUUCUCUCUCUCUCAUCUUUUUUCCCAAAAAAGAAAUUUAAUUCAAACUAGAAAUAAUCUUUAGCGUAAAUUCUAGUCAUUUUUGUUUACCCGGUGCAUUAGAAAGUCAUAAAGUAAGCAAUUUCAGAAAGAUAAGAAUUCUGUUAGAAACAAAGCUAUUUAAAAACUGAUGAAACGAGGGAAUAAAUACUGUAAUUCUGCAUCUGUUAAAAGAAUUAUUAAGGAGAAAUAUAUGCAUAUAUUUAUGCAUUUUUUUUAUUUAAUACAAUUAACAUUUGUAAAUAUGUAAUCGAGCCUGGUAUGAAAUGGAAGAACUACCUAAUGUCAUCAAUUCGUGUUAUUGUCUGUGCGAUUCUUUUCAAAAUAAACAACCUAUUUAUAAUAAAGUUGCUUUUUACUUGAAAUGUUUAAGGCAUUGUUCAAAAGUACCUUUCCUUUUCAUAACGUUUUGAAAAUUGUGAAGCUGCUUAAUUUAUCUUAUUUUCUCAUCCGUGGGCUAUCUUUUCGAAUUAUUUUCUACCGCAAAUAAAAAUAUUACACUCAAUCUAUCCCUUUUAAUUAGUUAGUUAUUUUUAAAUGGCUGGACUAAAACUGGUUGUUGUUUAAACGUUUCUUUUUCCUGCCAUUUUAUAGCAGGUUCGAAUUUAAAAAUAGCAUUUUAGUGGUGCCAUUUAAGAAAUAAAUAACUAAACAAAAAGCGAUAGGUUGCAUACUACAUCAUUAUCCAUUAUUGUAUUAUAUAUAAGAACGGAAUUUUUAACAAUUAGUUUAUUUAAUUUAAAGGUUAAAAAUUUCAUAACUGUUUGUAAUAUUCUUUAAAGAUUAUGAGGUACAAUGAAUGAGUGAUAUGAUAUAUUCAAAAAAAAAAAAAAAAACACUAAAGAUAAAAUAUAAAAUUAGGCAACAAAACCGGACCUUAACUUAACUGGUGUAGAUUUUAAAUAAACUUCAUUGAUUUUGAAAAGCUAUCUGACAUAAUAGAGAUUCUCUGGAUCCCAAAAAUGAAUUUAACAACGUUAGUCAUUUAUGUUUUCAAAUUAAAACUUCGACAUUUUAUGACAAAUAAAGUCUAUAAAGUUAAUUCCAUAUUUGCAGUUGAUACAUUCGUGAGCCAAGCAAUAAUCCAAAAUUAGGUAUUUUUUCAAAAAGAGAAAUUUUUCCCAUAAAGUUUUAAAUAUAAAAUAAAUAUAUGAAAACAAAUAUGCAUAUAUAAUAAAUAUCCAUGCAUUACCUAAUAAAUUUUUAAAAGAAUCAAAAUGCGCAAAUUUUUUUCUCUCCUUAAAGGAGAUAGUUCGAGCAGGUUUUAGGGAAUUUACUAUGUGUAUAAUAUUAAAGUUGUAUACCCCUCCCAGUCAAAAAACAACUAAAAGCAAUUUUUUCAAACCUAGACCUUGGAAUUACAAAGCCUCUGGUUUUGAAAAAAAAAAUUAUCUAAAUAUCUAAUUAUUUUCUUACACAAAAUCGUCACUUCUGACUCGUUUCUGUGCAUCAUUGGAUUCACAAGUAACACAACCAUUUAUCGUCUUAAUUUAUUUUGAAGAAUUUAAUAUUUAAUAUUAAUAUCAUUUACGAAUUUAACAAAUUUAAGGUUAAUAUCAUUUACGAAUUUAACAAAUUUAAUGUUAAUAUCAUUUGCGAAUUUAACAAAUUUAAUGUUAAUAUCAUUUAGAAAUUUUCAAAUGAAAAUUACCUUACCUUUAUUUGAAUAAGGAAACAAAUUGAGCCAUACAUCUCUGUUUGUUUAAAUAAACUGAUUUACGGCUAGCUAGUUAUUCAGUAAAAUAUGUAGUUCUGGAAGAGGAAACAACUUCAGGAACUGAAAAAGAAUAAAAAUGUUCUUUUACCGGAAAAAAAAAAGAACGCUAAUUUCCAGUUUGAAACGCGAACAGGUCUGUUUUCUUCAGGAGAAAAUAAAAAAUUGUCAUAUCACUCUGGAAAGAGGUAGAAUUUAAUUUUCUUAUCUACAUCAGCAGGAAAAGAAAUACUGUUUUCAUAUCUAAUUUUGCAAUUGAUAUGGUAUUUGAUUUUAAGUAAAUUUUCGAUUUCCUGCUUGUUUGUACCUUUUCUCAGUUUUCAACUGAUUUGUAAUGUAACAAAAAUAUAUUUGUAAAUUUUAACACAUUUAUACUUGUAUUUUAAAUGUAUUUCUAAGGUAAAAGUGUGUAAAUAAGUACUUCUAUCAUGGAGCCUAAGUAAGAAAACACUGUUUUAUUCUAUAAAGCACGCGUUAUAUACCUGAUGAAAAACUGAUUUUAGGAGAUGUUUACACAAAUUUUGUUUCUGGCACAUCUUUUGCUCUCUCAAGUUUGUAUUUUUAGUUAACUUAAAAUUUUUGAACCAUUUCAUUUAAAUUGCUAAACAAUAAAUAGUUCUUGAGAAAAGGCGAAAGAAAUGUGAUUUUGAAGAUAAAGAAAGAAACUUGAAAAAAAAAAUGUGGGUUAAAAAUCUUUAGUUUUUAAAUGCUUUAUUGUUUCAAGGCGGAAUUUAUAAAUUUUAAAAAUCUUUAAAAUAAUAUUCUGUAAGACGCUUGUGAAGAUUCUGAAGAGAAACGUAGACGUUCUGUUCAUUAUUUACAUUUUUCAGAAUGUCAAAUAUCCUUUCAUUUUUGCUUUGUAUAGGCAUGAAUAAUUAUUAAACCGAAUGUCCUUACAUGUAAUUCUCACGAAUAUUAAUGUGUCAGUAACCAGUUCCUGAUACAUUCUAACCCCAAGAAGUAUCAACCAAGGUCAGUAGACAAACAAGGUUAGGCUCUUCCAAACGCUGACGUCUCUUACUUACACAAGUGAGAAAAAGAAGACGCAAUUUUCGGCAGACUUGGAGUCAGUGACGUCACACAAGAGCAAACUUUGUAGUUUAGUAACCUUGGUAUCAACCACGAAAUGGUUACCUGCAUUCUAAGAAUUUUUUUAUAGGACUACAAGUACUCACUUUAAAAGUUAGAGAAACCUCCUCCCGUUUUUUUGUGUAUUUUAAAAGUUCUUCAGAAUUUAAGAAGGCAUAUAUUUUUUGAACUAAAUUCUCAAAAACUGUUCCCUCUUUAUCAUUAUUUAAGGAAGACAAAAAAAGGCUUUCACCUAUGUAUAUGUUCUAUAUUGUGUUUUUAAAUAAAGUAUUAUUUUGCCAUUUA